GGCAGAGAAAUGCCAGGUCUGAGCGGUCUCUGGGGAUAACCUGCUCUCCAUGAUGUGAAUGAACAGCAUAUCUCUCUCUCUCUCUCUCUCCUUCUUGACUGGGCUACGCAACGCAGUCACAGACAUCAGCAGGCACUGGCUCCUGCCUCCCCCCCACCCACAUCCCCCCCCCUCCCCACCCCUCCCUGACUCUCUAUUUGCAGCUGGACUAACACAUAUAUACAUACAUUCUGUGGUGUUUAUCAGCAGUGCUGGUUUAUCAGAGCUCCAUGUACGACAAUCUGUACCUGCAUGGAUUCGAUGACUCGGAGGCGGAAAGAUACGGAUGCUUUGGACAAUGUGUAGAAGAGGUUAAUUAGGAUGUGGCCUGGAUUGAAGAGAAUUAACUAUUAUGAAGGGUUCAGCAGAUUCUUACACGAGCAGGCCAUCGGAUUCUGAUGUUUCCCUAGAGGAGGAUCGAGAUGGGAUUCGGCGCGAGUCCGAGCAGCAAGCAGCCGUACAACUUGAAAGAGCCAAAACUAAACCUGUUGCAUUUGCGGUGAGAACAAAUGUCACUUACUGUGGCGCACUGGACGAAGAUGUACCAGUCCCAGGAACUGCCAUCUCUUUUGAUGCCAAAGACUUUCUACAUAUUAAAGAAAAGUACAACAAUGACUGGUGGAUAGGGCGACUGGUGAAAGAGGGCUGUGAAAUUGGAUUCAUUCCAAGCCCCCUCAAACUGGAGAACAUCCGAUUGCAACGGGAGCAGAAAUCACGACAGGGACGUUUUUACAGUGGGAAGUCCAGUGGAAACUCUUCUUCCAGCCUCGGUGAUAUGGUGUCUGCAAAGCAGAAGCAAAAAGUGACUGAACACAUUCCACCAUAUGAUGUGGUGCCAUCUAUGAGGCCAGUUGUGUUGGUGGGCCCAUCAUUGAAAGGUUAUGAGGUGACAGACAUGAUGCAAAAAGCACUCUUUGAUUUCCUAAAGCAUCGGUUUGAUGGGAGGAUAUCAAUUACACGGGUGACAGCUGAUAUAUCCCUAGCCAAGCGAUCAGUUCUAAAUAAUCCAAGCAAGAGGACUAUAAUGGAGCGGUCCAAUACACGAUCCAGUAUAGCUGAAGUGCAGAGUGAAAUUGAGAGGAUCUUUGAGUUGGCCAGAACUUUGCAGUUGGUUGUUUUAGAUGCAGACACCAUUAAUCAUCCAGCCCAGCUCAUCAAGACCUCGCUCGCACCAAUCAUCGUCCAUGUUAAAGUUUCUUCUCCAAAGGUCCUGCAGAGGUUGAUAAAGUCCCGAGGAAAGUCACAGAGUAAAAACCUCAAUGUCCAGUUGGUGGCAGCAGAUAAACUGGCGCAGUGCCCUCCAGACAUGUUUGAUGUUAUCCUAGAUGAAAACCAAUUAGAGGAUGCAUGUGAGCAUUUGGCAGAGUAUCUUGAAACAUACUGGCGUGCGACGCACACCCCCAGCAGCGCACCACUGAAUCCAUUGCUGGACCGGAACUUAGGUAGUACUGCACUGUCAACAUAUCCCUCAGCUAUCUCUGGGUUACAGGGGCAGAGAAUGAGCAACAGCAAUCACUCUGGUGAACACAUACCCGUUGAACGAACACGCUUGGUGCACUCCGAUGAAAACGGUCACAGUGAGAGGGCGCGGAAGAACAGGAAUCGCUUGUCUUCAGGUUCCCAGCACAGCCGAGGCCAAUACCCACUGAUGGAGGAAGAGUAUUCUGACCCCUAUCAGGACACGUACAAAUCACGAAGGAGUCACGGAUCACCUGGAGGCCACAGCCAUGAUUCUCAACACAGGCUAUGAGAAAUGUUGUUAUUCACCUACAAAAAAAAAAACAAGAUAGAGAAAAGAUUUUUUUUUAAGAAAAAAAAACAAAACCCCUGCCUUGCGACAUUAAAGGUGAACAGGGAAGCAUUCAGGCAGUACUUAAUAUUUUAGUAUUGAAACAACAACUCAAAGUGGUUUUCAAAAAGUCUUUCCUCCCCCUUUCAGGUUAGUUUGCUCAUAAUGGAGACAGUCUGGUCAAGUGUUUUCCCAAACACUUUACUGGUUUUGUAAAUAUGAAGAAUGCAUGGUAGUGUAUUCCGUGACAUCGUGGGUUUAGUGUCACUGUGUCACUGAGCACAUCUACCUCUAUAUAUUUUUUGCCUAUAAAAUGACCACAUAUAUUACAUACCUUGGCACUAAAAUCAAUACUUCCUCUGCUGCAGUGCCAACCUAGCCGUACAGUCGGUGUAGUGGAUCUUGAGUACAGGUGGGUUCCUAGCACUUAAACCUGCUCGUAAAGUUCCCAAUGCAGUGACAAAGCUCCUUUAAUGCAUACACUCUUCAUCUGAUUCCUUGUUAGCAAUAAGUGGUAUUGCAAUACAACCCUGUACUACCAUUGUUUCAACAGAUUUUGCUUCAGCGUGUGAUUCCGGAAUUUAAUGCAGCUCUCCAUUACAUGUACAGCACACUAUUUGCAUGAAAUAAGCAGUAACAAAUCACCUAUUUACAAGUAAGAUAUUAUUUAAAUUUAGGAACAAUAAAUUAAGCUAUUAUGCAUUUGCUACUUGUGUAUGGUUUUUUAAAAGUAUUAUUUAUGAAGGAUGAAUUCAGGCUGUACAUUAUCUUGCUAAUGUUAAUUCCUCUAUUUUCCAUGUUUAGAGAGUUCAGUGUUAUUAGUUAGUAGAUGCAUUAGUGCAAUACAUUUGAUAAAAUCUCUCACCAGACGAAUUUGUACACGAUAACUGUUUAUUCAACCCACGUGUGUUAAAGAGAACACACUUUGACUGGAAGGCCUUCAUUCCAUGGUAGCAACCCUUCAAAAUGGUUUGACUUACAAAAUUCAAUUCAAUGCAAGGUAAGGCCAUUGGAAAAUACUUUGCAACAGUGAUUGAGCAACUGGCUGAAUAUAUCACAGGAUUCAAAAUUGGCAUUGUACAGGUGUAUUAACCUAUGAGAAUACUGACCGGUUAAAUUGUUUGGGGAUAUACAGAAUUUUCUUAGCUAAUCGAAGGUAAUCUGUAUCCACAUGCUGCAUUUUGGUAUUUACAAAUAAUAACAUAAUGCUGCCAUG